AUGAAUCGCGCCUUGUCCAUCCGCUCCCGCAAGAAGGACGAGCACAUGAAAGAGGCUCCUAAACACACCUUCUCCAUUUCCACGCUGCGCGGCAUCCAGCAAGCCGAACUCUCGAAGAAACUGUACAAGCUGAUCAAGACCGAGAACCAUGCCAUCGGCGCCUACGAGACCGCGGGCCGCGAGCGCCUGUCCAUUGCGUCGCAGCUGUCCGACUGGGGCGAAUCCACUGGCGACGAUGCCAUCUCGGACAUCUCGGACAAGAUUGGCGUGAUUCUGUCGGAGAUCGGAGAACAGGAGGAUCUCUUUGCACAAAACCUGGAGGACUACCGUUCCAUCUUGAAGCAGAUUCGAAACAUCGAGUCCAGCGUCCAGCCCAGCAGAGACCAGAAGGCCAAGAUCAGCGACGAGAUCCAGAAGCUCAAGUACAAGGAGCCCUCGAGCCCGAAGAUCGUCACGCUCGAGCAAGAGCUCGUGCGAGCCGAGGCGCAGAACUUGGUCGCCGAAGCGCAACUCACCAACAUUACCCGCCAGAAGCUCAAGGAAGCAUUCGACGUGCACUUUGCGGCGACCGUCGAGCGCGCCGAGAAACAGGUCAUCCUGGCCAGAUACGGUCGCCGUCUGCUGAACUUGCUCGACGACACGCCCGUCGUGCCGGGAGACGUACGACAGCCCUUCGAGGAGAGCAAUGAGGCCAGACAGAUCCUCGCCGACGCCGAACAGGAGCUGCUCUCGUGGCAACCCAAUCUUGAGCCCAUCCAGUCCAAUGCCGGCGGCCUCGGUUCCAAUCUGAUGCCUUCAGACGAGCCUACUCAGGGCACCCGCACCCAUACAGAAGUGACCGAGCCAGUCCCCGCGCCUCCUCCGACAGAGAAGCCGGCGGCGGAAAGCCAGGGAUCACAUCUAGAGUCGGCGACCGCUUAG